UCCUGUAAGACAAAGGACUGUGAGGGACACAAGGACAGUGACUGGGGGUCGAGCUGCCAACCUUGCGGUUUCAACUCCAGUUUCACUUUGGGACCUGAUGAGUUUAUGUCAAGCACAAAGCUGUAUAGGACCCAUUUAAAGUCUGAUAAAGAGGAAAUACUUGACCUUGGUCACAGUGUACUUCUGCUUUUUAUCUUUAUCUGCAUGAACACAUUCUAGCUUCUGUUAAUGCAAACCGCCAACACCGGAAAUACAAAUGACAUGUAACACAUGACAAUGUUAUGGCAUCCAACAGAAGAGCUGCAUCAUAAAAAGUCAAACCAGUUGAAAUCAAACCAAAAAACACGCUGAGAAGAAGACACAAGGAAGUGGACGCCACACUGAUGCUAGCGACAAGACAACGUAAGACGUGAGAGCGACUGAAAGAGGCCAAAUGCUUCCAAACAACUGGAAUGGAAUCAUGAGUGUACUGCUUUAUUUUACUGCAGCAAGAGGUGGCCGUCAGGUGGUCAUGGUCAAGGAUGGAGAUGAUGCUACGUUGCCGUGUGAGCACCUGUUGGACAGCCAGGUGUCCUGUGGACUGACGUGGUUGUUAACUGCAGGUUUGAACACGUAUGAGGUUAUCACCAGUGGUCAGAUCUCUUGGAUGUUCAUGUCUCAGAAGAACAGGCUGAGUGUGAUGGCUGAUUGUUCUCUGGUCAUCAAGAAGGUGACAGCUCAGGAUGCUGGUGACUACUUUUGUCGAAUUUACCAAGGAAACAGCACAAAAGACAGUUUGGUAUCUCUGUAUGUGGUCACCUGUGAGUAUUCUUCAUCAUGUGUCCUAUUCUUCUUUUUCUUACUGAUGAAGUCAUCUGCAUGCUCCCCAGUGACGGUGAAGAGCAUCGGUGAGGAGACAAUGAUGGCCAGCUGCAUCGUGCAUUCUCCUGCUCUUUGUCAGCAUCAAGUCAAGUGGCUCUUCCAUCAAACACGAGUGGACUCAAAGCACCCACACAUCAAAACCUUCCAUCCGUCCAAUUGCAACACCACUGCCUCUUUUCCAUCGUUUUUGUCCAUCUACUCCACGAAGGAGCUGUUGCAGUGCCAGGUGAAAUAUUCCUCCACCGAGCUGGUGUUUGACCUCCCGCCCACAGAAGGAGACGGAGGGCAGGAGUGUUCCCCUCCGAGAAGAGAAGACACCGAAGAACCUCCUCAUCACAACUCUGUCAAAGAUUGUCUCAUUGCACGGGCAUCAUGGCCGCACCAGGCAGGUGCAACAAUAACCCUGAGGGACACAGUCCUGUUGCCUCCAUAUGAUUGUUGAUGCCGCCUCCUUGUCUGGAACGUGUCAUGAAGUCAACAUGAGAGUCAUGUGUGUGUUUUUCUAGAGGCCUGCAGGGACGUUUCAGGAUGCGGUGAGUCUUUGGGUCUUGUGCAUGGCAGGAGUAGCGGUUAGUGGUUGUAAAAAGACCAAACUUGUCUGAAGAGGUGAAUGCUACGUGUUGUCUUCACCACGCAGGCUGACGCUGACGUAUCCUACGCUUCCGUCGGCUACGUCCUGAAGAGCAACCAUAAAGCCACAGUUAGCAGCACCGAGGGUGGAAGUGAAGGUGACGUAGUGACCCAUGUCACUGUGAAAACACCUUCCACCCGAGAUGGACCCUCACAGGACGCCGGCGUGGUCUACGCUAGUGUUGUAUGUCGUCAGUGAUCAUGUUAUUGGGAAAAUGUUUCAUCAUUUUUGCACCCAUUUAUUA